UCAACGGUGUAAAAUAUGGUUCCGUUUAAGUCAAAAAUUGUGGCAUCCUUAACACUUACUGCACUUUUAAAACAUUUCUUUCAGAACCGCGUGGAGAUCAAUGACGUUGAGCCUGAAGUUUUCAAGGAGAUGAUGUGCUUCAUCUACACAGACAAAGCGCCAAACCUGGACAAGAUGGCCGACGACCUGCUGGCAGCAGCUGACAAGUACGCCUUGGAGAGACUUAAAGUCAUGUGUGAGGACGCGCUCUGCACCAGUCUGUCCGUGGAGAACGCCGCCGACAUCCUCAUCCUCGCCGAUCUGCAUAGCGCCGACCAGCUUAAAACCCAGGCAGUCGACUUCAUCAACUAGUGAGUUCAGACGCAGGAAAGAUCCUCAUCACUUGUAAUUGGGUUUCCAACACCUUUGCAGACUUGCAGUUCCUCCGUGUUCGCUGUACAUUUGGACUCGGUUCUGGUGUCAGUUUGUUUCGUCUCCUCCUGCAUCCUGGCGUCAUUACUGAAGGACCCAGGACUCUCACUCUGCAUGUGGCCGUAUGCUCUCACCCACUUAAUAACUGAAUUUCAUAUGCGCUCAUGUUGAGCCGAAUAUAAAGUAGUAAUAAAAGCCGGGGAGAUUUUUGUGGGGAGGAUCAGGACUUCUGACUCCUCUGUUGUCACCUCCUCGGUUGCUGCAGAUGACGGUGUGAUCGACUCUACUUCAGCUUUUGCACAUCUAUAUAGGGACGAGUGAAACAUGCAUGAGGGAGGAUCUCUGUAUUUCAGAUGCUUUGAAAUCCCAGAUAUUAAAAACAAAAAAAUAUUUCUACGAGGUAGGAAUAAUUCUUUGCACCCACACUAGGAACCUUCAAUAAGCCCUUAAAACUUUGUAGUUCCUUUUUUUAAUCAUUUCAUAUUUUUGUGGAGUAUAUGUCGCAGUAGCCAAAAAAAAAAGCAUAAUAAAAAAAACAUAUUUUGGAGUAUAAGUCGAUUAUUUAUUUAUUUUGAGGAGCUCUACUAAAGUCAUCCGUAAGCACGUCUCUAUGUUCACGAGAUCAUUCAGUAGUUUUCUUUUUCAAUAAAAUUUACUUUC